AUGGAAGUCGAUGUUCCUCGUGAAAGUGCUCCAAUAAUUGGUCCUAAUCCUCUCCCCGAACUCACUCAUGUUGCCGUGGCGAUGGAAAGCUCCUCCUACAGCGAAAACAACUUUUACACCUUUGCUGUCCUCAAUUCGUUAAUGGGAGGGGGCGGAUCCUUCUCUGCCGGGGGUCCUGGAAAAGGAAUGUAUACCCAGUUGUACUUGAAUGUACUAAACAAGCAUCAUUGGAUCUAUCAUGCACAAGCUAUAAACCACGCCUACUCUGAUACUGGGACAUUCUGUCUGUUUGGUAGCUCGCAUCCAUCAAUGUCUAGGAAGCUUGUUGAAGUCUUGUGUCAACAGUUUUAUAACAUGACCCAAAGUCCUAAUCCAAUUGCUGUAGCAAGAGCAAAGAAACAGCUCCAAUCAACACUACUGAUGAACCUUGAGUCAAGACUUAUCAACUUUGAAGAUAUCGGAAGGCAAGUAUUAGCUCAUUCUAAAAGAUUAUCAGCUAAACAAAUCUGUGAUAAAAUAGGUACUUCA